CUGCAUUCUCCUCCUCCCUGACAACUUGACAAGGGAGGCCACCCACGCCGGAACAGAUCGAUCAAAUCAGGGGCCCUGUGCCUGCCAUUACCGUGAGACCAAUAAUCUCGAGUCGCCGACGACUUUGGGACCUUUGGGUGGACGCCAGCGACGAAUGAUCGCGACAUGAUUGCAGACCGCAGACCGCAGACCGCAGACUGCACGAGCAGGUCGCCGCAAGUGAGAGUGAGGGAGAGACAGACGAGGGAGAGGGGGCGGCCAGACAGACGUGCUGAUGCUGACACAGCCUCCAAUUCUUCCUUCUGCUACGUUACGAGGUUACGGCAGCGAGGCGACAGCCCAGCGCCAGAAACACGAUACCGUACUGCUGUGAUAAUAAUGCUUCUUCCAUGCCCUGAUGAUGAUUCCAUACGCGUCCAGCAAUCCCAAAUCCCAAAGCGUGUGGCGUGCGCUCCAUAUCUGCUCUGCUCUGUUCCGCUGCUGCCAUUCGCCCUCGCCCUCGCGCUGAUCUUAGCAGCCCGCAGCCCGCCUCCCAUUCUCAAAGGCCGUGGCCGUAGCCGUGGUCUGGUCCAUCGCUGUAAAUUACUGUGCUGUGCGCUGCGGUGCGGUGCUAGAAUCGCUCCACAAUUGUCAACAAACUUCACGACCCCCAUUGCUCUUCUCCCUCCUUCACGGAAUUAUAUCCUCUGUUGCAUUGUUUCAAUCUUCGCACGCCUCACUCCCCCCCCCCCCCCCCCCCCCCCCCCCCCCCUCCCCCCCUUUCGCGAUCCUGGGCGCCUCCCUUGCGACUCUCAGACACGAUCCCUUGCCCUUGUGCCGGCAGGCCAAUAGCAGCGCCGCCUCUGUGUGGCCCAGGGUGACCUGGCGUGUCCUGGCGUGUCCUGGUGUGUCCUUCUGCUCACCCCCCGCAUUCGAGGAAAUGAGCGUCCCGUCUCCGCCAAACCUCAGAAGGACCGAAUAAGUACGGAGGUACUCCAGUACUCCAGACCUCCAGACCUCCAGACCCAGUACUCCAGACGCACACCUCAGCAGAAUAUCCACU